AUGUGUACACACAUUUAUAUAUCCUGUACUUUCUUGGUCUUAUCUCGGAACCGUUGCGUAACAUAUUCUAAUUGGGUUUUUCCCCUCGCCGAAGCAAUAUCCCAAAAAAAAAAAACAAACAAAAAACAAACCUAAUACAUUUACAUAGUGAACUUUGAUUUGAGAAAAAAAAUAGUAAUUACACCUUAAUAAUCUCUAUGGUUACAGUGAGUUACAGUUCGCAUGCUGCGGUUUAUGGAAACGCGUCAUAUAUUAUUAUUUCAUCCCGCCUCUUACAUUUACUUCGCUCUCUCGAUUCUCGAUGAAUUAAUCACGAAUUAAUCUUUGAAUACUUGGAAACGAUGUGAUUAGAAACAAUUGCAAUCUGCAUUUACUUGUUAUUUUGCGUAUUCCCAAGAUUAGGGUUUUUCUUCUUGUUUCUUCUAUAUUCGUUUCUUCGCUCGGUUUGAGUCGGUGAUGAUGAUGGCGAAGGCGCGCGUCCGGGCAAGAAGGAAAUGGAAGUUGGGAAAGAUUUCCAUUCCCAUAUGUGUGUGUGUGUGUAUUAAAGUUCCACGAGAGUAGGUAAUGCGAUGUUAUUACCUGACGGUCGCGGUCAAGUGUGUAUACUUUGUGCCCGGUGCUCUCUCUCGCCAUUUGUUGUUUGUGUGCUAGUCUCAUCCAUGUAACUGUUUCAUCGGAGCUCCGAAGUGCACGCAGAGCAACAAAAAGAAAAGAAACAGAGAAAUCAUAUAGAAAAGGCAAGACCAUCACCGAUACCGCUGUUCGGGCGCAGCAACAGCAAGAAGAGACAUAAGUAAAAAAAAACAGAAAAGGAGAUGGAUCAAAGUACUCAGUGCGAUUUUCCGGUGGUCAUUGCAAGGAAAUCGCGGAACGGUACCGUUUAUUUGAAGAAGAGGCACACGGAAAUGAAUUUGAACAGUUCACUGCAAACCCUCACGAAUCCAUGGCUCAGAACUACACCUUUAUCGAGACCCAGGUCAUUGAACGUAUCGACGGAGACGUUUCACAGAAGUAGGAUUUCGUUUCUCUCCGAGACAACGCAAAGUCCACGUCCAUCCUCACAUUCCAGCGACCUGACGAUACCGCUGUCCAGAGAGAAGACGCCGCCGCCGCCACCGCCACCUCUGCCUAGGUUCUACAACAACAAUCAUCACAAGGAACAUCAGUGCCGAUGUUUCGUCGAAGACUACAAAGGAAGUCCACCGAGCGCCACUCCGGAAGGUCUGUCCUGGAGGCGGCUGCACAUGUCUAGAGCUAAGCUGAAAGCGACGUCAACUACAUCAGAAUUGCUCUCAGGAUUCGCGAUGGUCGCCAUGGUAGAACUUCAAAUUAACGAAGAAACGAAUGUACCGGAAUGGCUGUUCAUCAUGUUUGCAAUAUGCACUACGGUGCUUGUCUCUGUGCACAUCUUCGCUCUGAUGAUAAGCACGUACAUCUUACCUAAUAUCGACGCUAUUAGUAAACUAGAUGUAUGUGAGCUGGUUGCGGAGAGUCCGCACGAACGGAUGAAAGGCUUCAUAGAGUUGGCCUGGGCCUUUUCCACAGUAUUAGGUUUAUUCCUGUUUCUAGUCGAAGUUGCCAUCCUCUGCUGGGUGAAAUUCUGGGAUUACUCAUUCAAAGCAGCGACAGCGGCCACCAUCAUCGUUAUACCAGUAUUAAUUAUCUUCGUCUUAUUCACUGUCCACUUUUACCACUCGCUGGUGGUGUACAAAUGUGAUACUUCCUCGAACGACAUGGAACGAUUGGAGGAACUCAAGAAGAACCUCGACCAGACUCAUCCAGUUUAAAACUUAACUUAUUAUUAUUAAUAUUAUUAAAAAAAAAGAAGUGAAAGAACAAUUAUGUGAAU